UGGACUUCGUAAGCACCCAUAGUUAUAGGGUGCGGAAAAUCGUUACGGGCCUAAUUGUGUGCGUGACGUCAUCCCGUCUGCUCUUCACGGUGAUUGCUGGUUGCUUGCGCCGGUUUGUUGUAUCGUGAGUUGUGUCCAAGGUAGCCGGCAGCAUGGUUGAGGCCGAUCGCCCAGGAAAAUUGUUUGUUGGUGGUUUGAACAGAGAAACCAACGAGAAGGCUCUUGAAGCGGUUUUCAGUAAAUAUGGGAAAAUUGCAGAUAUACUGUUAAUGAAGGAUCGUGAAACGAACAAGUCAAGGGGAUUUGCCUUCGUUACGUUUGAAAGCCCUUCUGAUGCAAAGAAUGCUGCCAGAGACUUGGAUGGCAAGUCUUUAGAUGGAAAACCGAUUAAGGUGGAGCAGGCUACAAAACCAGUGUUCGAAAAUGGUGGUAGACGUGGAUCAGUAUCACCACCAAGAAGUCGAGGUCCUCCAAGAGGAGGGUUUAGAGGAAGAGGAAUGAGAGGUGGUCCUAGAGGACCACCUCCCCGUGGGCCACCGAUGAAGAGAGGAUUGUCACCUAGAGGUGGAGGACCGCCUUCCAAACGACCAUUUUCAGAGCCAUUUAGACGUGUGGGAGGUAGAGGUUCACCAUCACGUGACAGGGAUGGUUAUGGUAUCCCACGCAGAGAAUCCAUAUCUCGAAGAGAAGACUACGGAUCACCAAGAGAUGACCAUUACAGCAUGAGGGACAGUUACUCCAGCAGAGAUUAUCCAAGUUCGAGGGAACCUAGAGAUUAUACUUCUGGGUCUCGAGAAUAUUCGCACCGUGAUUAUGGACGUUCAGACUCUCGUGAUGAGUAUGGUUAUGGAUCAAGAGGCUAUGGUGAUCGUGAUGGUUACAGUGGAGGACGUGAUAGCCGUGACUACAUUGCAGAUCGUCCAAGUGGGGGUUCUUAUAGAGAUUAUGAUUCUUAUGGUAACUCUCGCAUUCCUCCAUCAUCACGAGGACCACCACCGUCAUAUGGUGGAAGUAGUCGUUACGAUAGCAGUUCUCGAGAUGGAUAUGGUGGCACCAGAGAUCAUUAUGCUGGCAGCCGCAGUGAGCCAUACUCCAGUGGUCGCGGAGAUAGAAGUGAUCGUUUUGCCAGACAGGACAGGGGACCUUCACCACCUAUGGAUAGAGGCUAUCCUCCAAGGGAUUCAUACAGGAGUUCUGGUCGUGGAGCACCAAGAGGUAGAAGUCGAGGAGUUCGAUCUGAUAGGGGCAGUGGUCGAAGCAGAUACUAAACAAAAAAAAAGAUUUGGGACCAAAAAAAAGUUUUACGUUCCUCUAAGUGAAAAGAAAAGAGAAAAAAAUGGAACUUGUGCACCCCUUUCAUAUAAGAAAAGUUGAAAAGAAUCUGUUUUUACUUGUUUUAAAAGUGACUCAUUUUAUGGCAGAUCAUUAAAUGCAUAGCUUCGUUUUUUUAUAUUGUUGGUAGUAAUUCAUGAUAAAUGUUAGUUGAAGCACAUGUGUAUACAGUUCUUUGUAUCAGUUUCUUUUAGUAAACAUUUACUAAAAUGAAAAGUUUGCCACCUCUGCUGCAAUUCGUUUAUUAUGAAAAGGAUAACCCACAGCUAAAUAUUUUGAAAUCGUACCACUGAAAACUGCAUUCUCAUAGCUGGAGAUAAACUGUCUUCAUGUUGAAACUCAA